AGACGAGAGGGGGAAUAGGAACAAAUGGGAGAGACACGCAAGAGCUGGGGGCGGGAUAGGAUAGGACCAGAGCGGGGCAACAUGGGCAGGAGCUAAGGACAGGCAGGAGCAGAAAGCAGGCGGAAUUGGGUGGGCAGGAGCUAGGUGGAGAUAGUAGCAGGGAAGGGGAAGAGGCAGGAAUUGGAAGGGGGAUAGGAGCAGAAGGGAGCAGGUAGAGGCUUGGGGGGGCAGAGACACAGGGCUUGGUAACCACUAGAGAACGCUCCACUCCAGAUCUGAACUAGAACCCAUUGUUUAGAGUCUCAACAUUCUUUGCUGUCUAGCAGUAGCUGUGAAACCCACUGGCAAAGUGUGUGUCCUAUCCCCCUUUAGUGGCUGGUCCACAUAAAAGAUAACAACCUUCUACUGCUAUCAGUUACUCUGUUAGCUCUCGUGGUAGAAGUGUGCGCUGUGAAUCCAAAGGUCGCAACCUUGUUGACGAUCCAUCAGGGGUCCCCAGUGUGGUCCCAUGGAAUGACAUUUUUGUUUUUUCAGUGUUUUAGUUUAUUAAAACCAUAGGAAAUUACACCCAAAACACUACAUUAAAAUAAUGUUACGGCUGUGCCUUGACUUUACAAAAGUUAGGAAAUACAGUGUUACAUUUUCCUAUGCAACCUUAAUUUGCCCCUGUUGUGUUUAUGUAUUAUGAUAUAGUCUUCAAUUAUGUGAUCAAAUGCUGGUUCCCUGGAUGUGGAGCCAAACAUAGGGAGCAUGUCCUGAAAUGAUACCCACAGUGACAGAGCUUAGGGAGUCCUGCUGGCUCUCUACGGUCCUCUUUGACUUCCUGGAGUCCCUUCACACAUGGCCAGCAUGGAAACUUUAGGCGGAUGGCUAAGCCCUACUCGGGGUGCAGCUAAUGCUGGCCAGGCCUGGGCUAGGGCUGAGUCAUAGAGGGCCAAGGCUUGUGUGACAGUCUGCCAUUACAAACAGGCAGCUGAGAAUCAACAACUGAUGAAAGAACAAGAGAAUCCUCCCUGCCUGCUCCCUCAUCCUACCACACCCCACCUCCCCUGCAGGCAGGAGGGCCCCAUGCCUGGCUUCCAUUGAGGGCAGUGGGCAUGGGGCACCAGAAGGGACCUUGCAAGCAGCUUUCUCCUCUAGCACAAGAGGGAUGUUCCAUCCCUGCAGCGGGGAGCUGGCCCCUGGGGUGGGAGUGCAAAGUGCCUCCCACCAAAAAUGGAAAACAAGAGAAAAUCAGGGAUCAAGACUCCAAUACACCUUUUCUCAAUUAGUUAUUCAUGAAAAAUCUAUAUUCAGAAAUCCACAGUUCAAAUUAAAUUAAAAUAAAUCCAAAUAUGUUAAACUAUGGAAAUACACAGGAUGAUGGCACUACAGGGCAGAGUUAAGAUCUUCUGUAUAACAGAGCACAUCCUACAUGUAGGCAAUGGAGUCACAUGAUAAGUGUUGGCAAGGAAAUGAAGAAGACUGGACAUUUAUCAGCAACAGAAGUAGGAGACCCCAAAGAAUAACUUCACAGAUGGACGUAUGGAAUCACUACUGGGGGCUGAGCAAGAUGUCUGAAGAGAACAAGCUGCAAGAACCAACUGGAGGAAAGGACCUACAGAUAGUGCAGGAAGGAACUGAGAACUGCUGCUCUGUUUAAACCAGACUGACCUUGGACAAACCCAAGAGAGCAUCCACAACUGGCCAAAGAAGACAGACAAUCUUCACUGGGGACUCCAUACUAAGAAAAAUGGACAGACCAUUCUGCAAGGAGCAGAAGGACUAGAGUCCAAGCGUGGAGAGCACAGGUGACCACGCAGAGCUCAUCAGCACAGGUAACCGUGAUGGAGUCCCAGGAUCGCAAAAGAGCUCCAGCAUGGACCGAACAGGAGGUACGGGAUCUGCUCGCCAUAUGGGGAGAUGAAUCAGUGCUAGCUGAACUCCGUAGCAGUAAACGAAAUGGCAAAAUAUUAGAAAAGGUCUCCAAGGCCAUGAAGGAGAGAGGCCAUAACAGGGAUGCACAGCAGUGCCGCGUGAAAAUUAAGGAGCUAAGGCAAGCAUACCACAAAGCCAGAGAGGCAAACGGAAGGUCCGGGGCAGAGCCGCAAACAUGCCGCUUCUACACGGAGCUGCAUGCGAUGCUAGGGGGUGCAGCCACCACUACCCCAACCGUGUGCUUUGACUCCAUCAAUGGAGAAUCACGCAACAGGGAAGCGGGUUCGGGGUACGAGGAAGAUGAGGAUGAAGACAAUGAAGAUAUCUCACAGCAAGGAAGUGGAGAAACCAGUAUCCCCAACAGCCAGGAUAUGUUUAUCACCCUGGACCUGGAACCAGUAACCCCCGAACUCACCCAAGGCGUGCUCCCAGACCCUGAGGGCACACAAGGGACCUCUGCUGCAAAUGUUUCUCCUUCGCAGAGGCUAGUGAAGAUUAGAAUGAGAAAAUGGCGGAUUUGGGAUGAUAUGUUCUCGGAGCUCUAGAUGUCCUCCCACGCUGAAAGAGCACAGCAGAAUGCGUGGAGGCAGUCAAUGACUGACUACAGAAAAGCACAAUAUGAAUGAGAGGAGAGGUGGCAGGAUGAAUCACGGGCUGAAAAUGAUAGGUGGCGUCAGCUUGUAGACAGAAGGCAAGAGUCGAUGCUCUGGCUGCUGGAGCAUCAAACUGAUAUGCUCCAGGGUAUGGUUGAGCUGCAGGAAAGGCAGCAGGAGCAGAGACCGCCGCUACAGCCCCUGUGUAACCAACAGCCCUCCUCCCCAAGUCCCAUUGCCUCCUCACCCAGACGCCCAAGAACACGGUGGGAGGGCCUCCGGCCACCCAGUCAUUCCACCCCAGAUGAUUGCCCGAGCAUGGGAAGGCUGGCCUUCAAUAAGUGCUAAAGUUUUAAAGUUUUAAACUGCAGUGUGUCCUUUUCCUUCCCUCCUCCCCGACCCCUCCCGGGCUACCUUGGCAAUUAUCCCCCUAGUUGUGUGAUGAAUUAAUAAAGAUUGCAUGAAUGAGAAGUAACAAUGACUUUAUUGCCUCUGCAA